CGAGAACGCGAGUACGGACACGCGUUCUCGUGAGAACCGGCCAGUGUGAAAAGAACGUGCGUCACAAGCCCCGCCCACCCCGUCACGAGCCGCCUAACAGGAAGUAGCUCUCGAACUUGACAACAAGAAAGGCCGACAGCUCGGUGAAGUCUUCCUGAACACACCCCCUCUUAAAAUGGCACUUCUCUGACAUUGUUUUUACAUUUGCUUUUAAACCUUCCAAGUCUUCAUAGUUUUAACCCAUUUUAAAGCCUUUCAAAGAGCAGAGGUGCAGCAAUGACAGCCAGUAACACGUUAUGUGCGCUCCUGAUCGUCUCCAUAACAGCAUGCAGUCAUUUUGAGCCUGCAGACUGCUCCUCCCAUUGUGGCCGCGCUCCUCAGGUCAUCGACAGUAAAGUAGGGGAGAUCAGGAGUUCUGCCUACCACAGCUGGUCCUACCACUUUGGAUAUACCUUUGACUGCUGGGUCAUUAAGGGUUCGGAAGAUGAACCUAUUAUUCUCAGCUUUUCUCAGUUCUCUGUGCGAUGCGAAAAAGAAUACUUGUCUAUAAAAUCAUCGGUUGGAGGAGAACCGCAUGUCCUCUGUGGCAGCAAGCUGCCUCAGCCGCUGGAGUUUCCAGGGGGAAAUAUAACCCUGAUGCACCACUUCUCUCCCCAAGAGUUCCCUGUAUCAUUAUUUAUCCUAAGCUACGCCAGAGACUCAGGGGACUGCCCAGACACGUCGUUCCGAUGCCCCGAAGGUCGGUGCCUCCCGCUCUCCUGGCGCUGUAACGGGCAGGUGGAGUGUCUCGGUGACGGCCUCCACAGCGGCUUAGAUGAGGUGGGCUGUGACGAUUAUGUGGACUACCCAGAAGUUAAACCUGUGAGUUACACGGACAGAAUCAUAGGCCUGGACUCUGACAACAGCAGGACCAAUGACAAAAGCUGGGUCAGAUCUACGGAGCGCUACACCUUCCCUGAAACGUGGCCACGGCCCAGGGACCAGCCCACUCAGAAAGAGCUUGCUGUCACACCUACUCCCAUUGAGUGGCCCUGCGGAGGCCUUUUUCAGACCUUUUACGGGACCUUUGCUGCUCCGUCAUCUGUUUUUGGCACAAUGACCUGUAUCUGGACCCUGGACCCCGAGGACUCCAGGCCGCUGAGACUCGACCUGCAUCGCAUUAUGCUGGGCCACUUUGACAGAAUCACUGUCUACAACCAAGGGGAGGGCAAAGGAGAAGCCAUCAAAAAUAUCACCAGUGUUUUCAAUGGCAAAUCUGUCAAAGUAGAGUCCCACACCGGGCUCAUGUCGCUGGUUUUUGACAAAGCUGCCGAAUCCAUGGUGACCGGUUUUAAAGCCACCUUCCACGUGGGCAACUACUGCCCACCGUCGGAGACUCGGUGCGGGGGAUCAUCAGGGGGCUGCUUCACCAAGGAGCAACGCUGCGAUGGGAAGUGGGACUGCCCUGAGACCGGGAGGGACGAGCUGGGGUGCAGAGGCUGCAGCGAGAACCAGUUUGCAUGCGGGCUGAUGACACAGGGGGCGGUGGCGUCCAGACGCUACACAGGCACGCCGGUGUGUUACCCAGUGACGGAGCGGUGCAACUACCAGCUGUAUUGCACAGACGGUAGCGACGAGAAGGACUGCAGCGUCUGUCAGCCUGGGACCUUCCAUUGUGACAGCAACAGGUGUGUGUUCGAGAGCUGGCGCUGCGACGGCCAGGUGGACUGUAAAGACGGCACCGACGAGCUCGACUGCACCGUCAUGCUUCCUCGCAAGGUCAUCACCGCGGCAACGGUGGGCAGCCUCAUCUGCGGACUGCUGCUGGUCAUCGCCAUGGGCUGCACGUGUAAACUGUACUCGCUCAGGACCAGAGAGUACAGCAUGUUUGCUCCGAUAAGCCGUAUGGAAGCUCAGAUGAUCCAGCAGCAGGCUCCUCCGUCCUACGGCCAGCUGAUCGCCCAGGGCAUCAUCCCUCCAGUGGAGGACUUCCCCACAGAGAGUCCCAAUGAGGCUGCGUCUCUUUCUUUGAGGGGAAUCCUCCAGCUCCUCCGUCAGGACACCUCCAGCUCGCCGCACCGCAGACGCAGGCCGCGUUUCGUCCGCCGGGCCAUUCGCCGCAUGCGGAGGUGGGGCCUCAUCCCCAGAACUUCCAGCCGACAGAAUCAGAGCUCCAGCUCCAACCAGCAGGAGGGGAACUCCGCCUCCUCCAACCAGGAAGCGACCCAGUCCUCUCCCGCCAGAUCCUCGUCGGCCGUGGAGGCGGUCAACCAGCCGGUGCCUCAGAAACUUGGCCUUUUGGCUCAGGCAGAGCAGCAGCAGAUGACGGCGUGGGAGGAAGUUCCCGCCCCUCUCCUGCCGCUGUCCCCGCCGCUCAUCCUCUCCACUCCACCCCCUCCGUACGCUCCCCCAGCCCCCACUGCGUCUGCUCCUCAGACUCCUCCUGUCACCGUACCCCCAAGCAGCCCCUCCCUGGCCUCCAUCUUCCACACAAUAGGCCUGAGUAUGUCCCGCUUCAGAGCCUCCCCCUUCUCCUCCUCCACCAACUACAUGCCUCUCUCUGCCUCCCCCUCCUUCUCCUCCUCCUCUUCUUCAGAUGACGACGUGCUACUAAUCCCGCUGUCUGAGGACACCACCUCAGAGGAUGAUGUUCCCAUGCUCACCUGAAUGACUUCCUCACACCUCCCCCCUCCCUCACUCUUAACAAAUGAAACCCAGUCUUUCCACAUCUGACUUUGAGCACAGGAGCGCCCUGACCCCCCCCCUCUCAGUAAGACUCAUCCUCCUUGUGCACAUCUGGUGCCUUUUUAAAUCGUUUGACUUGUCGACACUUUAAAUCAAUUUUCGGACUCUUUAUGAGAACCUCCCUUAAAGAUGUAGAUGACGGCCAUAGAUGUUGAUUAGUUUUAGACGUGCACUAAGGGAAAUAAAGCUCGGCUGCGCAGAGAAGGGAGACUUUUGCACAGAAGGAUUCCCCCCCCAUCCAGCUACUGAGGCAGGUUACUGUCGGACUGAAAUCCUCGCAUCUGUGUGGUUGCAGCUGCGUGAAUGGGACUGCAUUUUAAUCGUCGAUGGCGGCGCGAUUGCCAAUAUGUGAACUGUCUGCGUACUUCUGCCACUCGCACCCAAAUCUGAGGUUAGCUGAAACACAUUAGCAGGAAAAAAAAAUCUCUCCCCAUCUAUUUAAAGUGCCUUUUAAGGAGUUUCCUGUAGUUUUAAGUAAAUCAAGACGUCCUGAAUCCACACUGCACACAGAAACACACGCAGGCUCGUAUUUGCUUCACGUGGAUGCACGUAUCAACACUUUAGUGGCUUCGUUAUAGCUUUUAGGAAAAAAAAAUAAUGCAUGCGUACUCUGCAAGCUGGCAAUAAUCUUUUUCAAAUAUUGUUUUAGUGCAAAGCUGUUGAAGUGAGUGGGUGAAUGUAAGCAACACAAGGUUAAUGUUUAUGAUGACAAUCUCUUCGGUGCCUGGUUUAGUUUCCCGUGUGUGUGGUGUGAAGUGCCCCCCCCCCUCCCCCCUGGCUAUGAAGAGACCCCCGAAAUUCUCCAGAUAACCUCAAAAUCUUACAGGACCAGAUUGCUUUCUGACACAGGAGACUUUUGGUGUGCCAUUCACGUUCUUAUCGUGCAUUUUAAGGUGUUUUUUAAUUUCAGAAAACUACAGUUCUUUGUUGUUUUUGUUUUUUUCUCCUUUAAGUUCUUUUCGUGUUUUAAUUUACUUUUGCUUCGUUGAAUGUAUUAGGGUCGAUGUGGAGUAGCCAGAAGUUUUAAAAUUUGCUAUGUAUUUAGGUAAAUAAAUAAAGUGGUUUUAUGCCUUUAAUAAGGUCAACCUCACUGUAUAUAAGUAAAAAUGUGGCUGAGAUUAAACAAUUUGCACUUUUAA